AUCAACAUGUGGUAACAUUUUCAAAGUUAAUGCACAAAUACUGGAAGGAAAAUUGAGAAGUUCAUUUUAUUUGUGCCUGUAGAUGCUGCUGAUAGAGUUUGUCCAUUAUCGGAACACGAACAGUCAUAUAACUAGGACACUGUUUGGCAGAAAUAUUCAUCCCUGGGUGUGGAACUGCUACAAAGUAAUCGGUGUGUUUGGAUUUGGCAUGGCCUGCUCACAGCUCACCACAGACAUUGCCAAGUACACUGUCGGACGUUUGCGGCCACAUUUCUUUGCUGUUUGCGUGCCUGAUGUGGAUUGUUCAAAGGAAGAAUUCAAGUACCGCUACAUAGAGAAUUUCAAAUGUCGAAACACAGACAAACAUCGGCUUAAGGACAUGAGGUUGUCAUUCCCUUCAGGCCACUCUUCAUUCUCGGCCUACACAAUGAUCUACCUCGUGAUCUAUCUUCAGGCCCGUUUCGUGUGGCAAGGCUCAAAGCUGCUGCGUCACUUCCUGCAGUACCUGUGCUUCAUGAUGGCUAUGGGCACGGCCCUCUCCCGCAUCUCUGACUACAAACACCAUUGGAGUGAUGUGCUAGUUGGGGCGCUGCAAGGUGCUCUGGUAGCUGUGUUGGUG